AUGUCGGACGGAGAAGAGACCGCUUCCAACCCCCCCGUCGCCGUCGCCGAUGAAGUCGAAGUUUCCGCCGAAGCUGGCGCGGGUGGCCAGAUGUCCGUCCUGGACGCACUGAAGGGCGUUCUCCGCAUCUCUCUCAUCCACGACGGCCUUGCCCGUGGUCUCCGCGAGGCAGCCAAGACCCUCGACCGCCGCCAGGCUCACAUGUGCGUGCUGAACGAGGGCUGCGAGGAGGAAGCGUACAAGAAGCUUGUUGUUGCGCUUUGCUCUGAGCAUAAGAUUCCUCUGAUCAAGGUUCCUGAUGGCAAGAUGCUCGGCGAGUGGGUUGGUCUUUGCCAGCUCGACCGUGAAGGUAAUGCCCGCAAGGUCGUUAACUGCUCCUGCGUCGUCGUCAAGGACUGGGGUGAGGAGUCCCAGGAGCGUUCCGUGCUCCUGAACUACUUCCAGACUGAGCAGUAG